CGAAGCAUGUAGUCGCAUAUGCACACCCAACACCUGCUCGACCGCGCUUACGGCCUCAUCCCAAAUAAUGUCCUCAAACGCGCGACUGCGUCCCGCCUCAUCUAUGCGCUGCAACCCUCCGCCCUGAACUUCAGCCAGCAUCUGCCCUCCGCAGAUGAUCCGCAUGAGCGCAUCCCCGCGCAUGUAUCGGGCGUGAACGCGAUUACUAUAGACAAGUUUGAGGGACGAUAUUUGCUUUCAGGUGGGGCAGACUCGUCCAUUGCGAUAUGGGAUCUUGAAGCGCAGUUGCACGCAACUGAAGGAGGGGAAACAUAUUUGCCACUGGAGAGGGUGAUCAAGACGAGUGAAGAGCAUAAAUUGGGCAUUACUCAGAUUCAUUUCUACCCGUUUGACUCGCUGGCAUUCCUUACAUCUUCCUACGACCACACGGUCAAGGUGUACUCGAGCGAAACGCUUGCGCCCUCCGCAUCCUUUGACCUUGACUCUGUUGUAUACAACAUCGCAUUGUCGCCUAUCGCCUCGCAUCUCCUCGUCGCAUGCGCUACCCAGCAUCCGAAUGUACGGCUGGUAGACCUCCGCUCCGGCGCAAAUACACACAGUCUAGCAGGCCACUCGGGUGCAAUCCUCUCAACCGCAUGGAGUCCAGUCCGCGAGCACAUCCUCGUGAGCGGUGCUACCGAUGGCAGUGUACGUUUCUGGGAUGUACGGCGUAGCGUCGGUGAAUUGGGCAUGCUUGAUCUCGAAGACACGGUCGGCGUACUCGACAACUCCACGUCCUCGUUCUCCCGCAACUCGACGCGCGGACAAGCGCACAGAGGCCCGGUCAACGGCCUCGUCUGGACCGAAGACGGUCGUCAUCUAGUCUCAUGCGGCCACGAUCAACGCAUCCGUGUCUGGAACACAGACACGGGCGCCAACACGCUCGCAAACUUCGGGCCCAUGGUCAAGAACUCGGGACUCGCUUCGUGCAUCCCCGUUCUCCCACCUGUGCAAAGUCUCCAGCCAGGUGCAGACAUUAUUUUUUACCCCAACGAGCACGAGAUCCUCGCCUACGAGCUCUUUGACGGCAAACUGUUUCGCCGCCUCAAGCGCCCACAAUUUCAGAAGCAAAACCACGCUCCCAGUUCCGCUCCGGCACAGGGUCAGCGCAACUCCAAAGACCGGAUUACCUCCUUAGCUUGGCGACCGCAUAAUUUGGAAAUGUACUCGGCGCACGCAGAUGGAAGUAUAGCGGCGUGGGAACCGCGGACGGAGGAGGAUGCCGAGUUGGAUGAAGAAGAGGAGCAAGAAAAGCUGGACAAGGAGGAAGGGAAAAAAAGGAAGAGGGGAGUAUUGGAUGAGAUCUAUCAGGGGUUGACGAAAAAACCGAUUACUUUUGGAAAUAUGGGGCUGUAAAGUACAUGCGAGAUAGCAAUUGAGGCUGCAUGAUUCCUAUAUAACCAGGAAGCGUUCCUCGCUCCUAUACUAAUAGUUGAUUUACAUAUCGCUAAAUUUCACGCUGAACAGCGCUCAACUCGUUACAGUCAUCCUCAUUACCGCGUCCAACAUAACAGAGACCUAGCAAACACCUAAUAAUACAAUCAUGAACAGAACUUCGCCUCGGGUUUACA